AUGACCUCAACAACCCUAGUCAUAUCCUCCUCAUUCCUUUUAAUCAUUACAAUUCUUAUUUUGCCCCUGCUUAUGACACUAAGUCCAGCCCCUCAAAAACCUAAUUGAGCUGAUACCUACGUAAAAACUGCCGUUAGCACCGCAUUCUUCGUGAGCCUACUACCACUUAUGAUUUACCUCACCCAAGGAGCAGAAAUUGUUAUCACAAACUGACAAUGAAUAAAUACACAAAUAUUUGAUGCUAAUAUUAGCUUUAAAUUUGAUCACUACUCCCUUAUUUUUACCCCUAUCGCCCUUUUUGUGACAUGAUCUAUUUUAGAAUUUGCCCUCUGAUACAUACACUCUGACCCCAACAUGAAUCGAUUCUUCAAAUAUUUACUUCUUUUCCUAGUAGCCAUAAUUACUCUCGUAACAGCUAACAAUUUAUUUCAGCUAUUCAUUGGCUGAGAAGGAGUUGGUAUUAUAUCUUUUUUACUUAUUGGCUGAUGACACGGGCGAGCAGACGCCAACACCGCAAGUCUUCAGGCAGUAAUUUAUAAUCGUGUAGGAGAUAUUGGACUAAUUCUAGCUAUGGCUUGAUUCGCCAUGAACCUAAACUCUUGAGAGAUGCAACAGAUUUUUGCUUUAUCAAAAAAUUAUGAUAUAACAGUACCACUAAUUGCACUUAUCCUUGCGGCAGCAGGCAAAUCGGCCCAAUUUGGCCUGCACCCAUGGCUUCCGUCCGCCAUAGAGGGCCCGACGCCAGUAUCUGCACUGCUACACUCUAGUACAAUAGUAGUUGCAGGCAUCUUUCUUUUAAUUCGCCUCCACCCAUUAAUAGAAGAUAAUGCACUAGCACUCUCAGGUUGCUUAUGUUUAGGUGCACUUACAACCCUAUAUACAGCUACUUGCGCACUUACCCAAAACGACAUCAAGAAAAUUGUCGCUUUCUCAACAUCAAGCCAGCUUGGACUCAUAAUGGUAACAAUUGGAUUAAACCAACCGCAGUUAGCAUUUCUUCAUAUUUGCACACACGCAUUUUUCAAAGCCAUGCUUUUUCUUUGCUCAGGGUCUAUCAUUCAUAGCCUUAAUGAUGAACAAGAUAUUCGGAAGAUGGGGGGCCUCCACAAACUUUUACCUAUCACCUCAACCUGUCUUACAAUUGGAAGCCUAGCACUAGCAGGCACUCCAUUCCUCGCCGGAUUCUUCUCAAAAGACGCUAUUAUUGAAGCCCUUAACACUUCCUACCUAAACGCCUGAGCCCUUGUCCUAACACUUAUUGCCACAUCAUUUACUGCAGUCUACAGUUUCCGAGUAGUCUACUUCGUAACUAUGGGAUCUCCCCGGUUUCUCCCACUAUCCCCCAUUAAUGAAGAUAACCCACUUAUAGUCCAACCUGUAAAACGACUUGCCUGAGGAAGUAUUAUUGCAGGCCUCAUUAUCACAUGCAACUUUCUGCCUAUAAAAACAUCAAUCAUAACCAUACCUAUUGCGCUUAAGGUAACAGCCUUAUUAGUAGCUAUUACCGGCCUUCUUGUAGCCAUAGAACUUGCAGCCACAACUAAUAACCCCUACAAAACUGCCUACAAGAACUACCCUCACCACUUCUCAAAUAUACUAGGAUACUUCCCUUCAUUGUUACACCGACUCUCCCCCAAAGCUAGCCUAAUCCUUGGACGAUCAACUGCUACGAAACUCGAUCAAACCUGACUUGAGAUCGUAGGACCAAAGUCAAUUACUCUUACUCAAAUAAUGCUGGCACAAGUCGUAGGUAAUAUUUCGCAAGGAACCAUUAAAAAGUUUUUAACCAUUUUCCUUCUAACCAUAAUCUUAGCAAUUGCCCUAAUUAUUAUUUAA